AUGGGAGAGAAAGAUAACCAAGUUGUGCUGUUGGGAACAUGGGCAUGUGCCUACUGUAGAAGGGUUGAACUGGCCCUCAAACUUAAAGGCAUACCCUACAAAUAUAUGGAGGAAGACUUAUCGAACAAAAGUGAUCUACUGCUGACGAACAAUCCUGUGAAAAAAGUUCCUGUGCUGUUACACAAUGAUAAGGCAAUAGCUGACUCGCUUGUGAUUCUGGAGUACAUCGACGAAACUUGGGGUCACACUUCUAGACUCUUGCCUCAUGAUCCUUAUCAAAGGGCCAAAAUCCGCUUUUGGGUCAACUACCAUGAUCAAAAAAUCAUUCCAGCUAUCUACACCAUCCUACGAUCAAAAGCGAAAGAAAGAGAGAAAGCAAUUGAGAAGGUGAAUGAGUUAGUUGCCAUUUUUAUUGAAGGGAUCGAGAAAGAUUUUGCUGAGGAAUUCCUUUACUCCAAGGGCAUUAAGACUUUGGGGCUGCUGGACAUUGUGGUGGGAGCAAACUCUACUAACUACAAGGCCAUCAAGGAGGCCACAAAAAUGGAGAUGAUUUGUCCCCAAAAGAACUUCGAGUUCCUCUCAUGGGAGAAUGCCCUGAACGGACAUCCUUUGAUAAAGGAGUUACAGCCUCCUCUUGACAAGCUGGUGGCCAAGUUGAUUGAGAAAUUCGGCACUCUCAAUUGAAUCUUCUUGUUUUGAUCACAAAAUUACUA